CAAAAUGGCGACCUUGACUUGCACCCAAAUUCUGUUGGCUAUCGGAAUGCUCAUCUCAGGAUCGAUAAACACCCUGUCAAAGAAAGCACAAAAUGACUGCUCAGCUAAGGGAUUGAAAGAUGAGCAUGGCAAUGAAGUUCACAAAUUUGACCAUCCAUGGUUUCAAACAGGUCUAAUGUUUAUUGGGGAGACCAUGUGUUUGAUUGGUCUCUGCAUUCAUAGAAGAAGAGAAAGACAGAAAUUCAAACAGAAUUUAUUGAAUGUCAAUAGAGAUGAAAUUAGGGAUGGAUCUUCAAUAGAAAUAGCUCAACAACCAAGAGUGUUCCAGUGGAUCUUUGCCUUUCCUACCGUUUGUGAUUUGUUUGGAACCACUUUGGGAGGAAUUGGUCUUCUUUAUGUCAAUGCAUCAGUAUGGCAAAUGCUCAGAGGUUCAAUAAUCAUAUUUACUGGUGUGCUAUCUAAAAUCUUCCUCAAGAGAAAGUUGUGGCCAAUUCACUGGAUUGGAAUGGUUGUUACCAUGCUUGGUUUAGUUCUUGUUGGAUUAUCAAGUGUUCUCAGGGACAACCACCAAGGAGCGUCCCAGGGACAAGUUGUCUUUGGAAUUGUUUUGAUCUUGGCUGGUCAAAGUGUCAGUGCUACACAGAUGAUAGUAGAAGAAUUAUUUCUAAAGAAAAAGAACUUCCAUCCUUUGCAGGUUGUUGGGAUGGAAGGCUUUUUUGGAGUCAUUUUCAUGACUGUUAUAGUCCUGCCAGUGUUGUACUACAUUCCAGGAGAACAAAAUCACCACAGCUAUGAAAACAGUCUUGAUGCUCUGCUGAUGAUCAAGAAUAAUGCUAAAUUGUUGAUUAUGUCAGUUUUAUAUAUCUGCUCUAUUUCAUUUUACAAUUUCUUUGGACUGUCAGUCACAAAGUCUUUAACAGCGGUUCACAGGACGUUAAUAGAUGCAUGCAGAACUAUUGUGGUUUGGCUUGUGGACCUAUUCAUUCACUAUGUCUUUGAUGAGAGUUUUGGUGAAGCUUGGGACAAAAGAUAUGGUAUCUUUCAAGUCGAUGGAUUUCUCUUUUUGAUGCUCGGUACAGCUCUUUAUAAUGAGCUAUUGAUUAUUCCUCCAUUGAUGCCCAAGCCUGAGCCUUCACAGCAGGCUCAAGCCUCUGAUGACCAACAAGAUGAAAGCCUGGACUCAGGCGAGAAUGAACCAUUAUUGAGAGGCCGAGACCAAACAGAACCUUACACAGGGGUUGUAUGAAGAUAUGCCUUGAUUUGAACCAAUCAGAAUAACCCUUUGCAAUUACUUUUGACUUGACGAAAAGAGCGCAUUCCUCAAUAUCGCGGAAAAGUAAGCUUAGCAAAGCAAUUAGCGUCAUUUUUUAUCAUUUUGUAAUCUCUUUUUCUCGUUACGUGUAUUGUUAUUUUUAUUUUGCCAAUUUUUUCUAAAUAUUCUGGGGAUUUUACAAUAUCCAGGUAUAUCACAAGAAAAACAAUCACAGUCAGGGGAUCAAUAUCCCUUCCACCCUCUCCGUUUCACCUCCCCUUUUCUUCCCCCGUUUUCCCCCUUUUUCCCCCUUUUUCCC